GGGAGUGCAUGUAUAACUUUGGGAAACAUAGGAAGAGGCAGCAAAGGGAGCAAACUUUUUCUCUCCUGGCUGCUUCCUUUUGGACUUUUUUUUAUUUUCCUCACAUUCCAUCAAAGACGUCAGUGUUGACAGAGCAGAGUCAUUUGUUCGCUUUUAUAGAUCAAGGCUUAUUUCUCUUCUUUUUUUUUUGGUUAUCAGAGGAUAAUUUGCUUUGUUUGUUUGCAUUUUUAUCUGAUUAUUGCUUCACUUUCUGGGCUUUGAGGAAGCCGUGACUUCACAUUGGGAAUCUCUCCAAACUUAGCGGCAGAUCUGUCUGGCUCACGGGAGUGUGAAGCUGGACUGACACACACACACACAUAUAUACAUUCACACACAUUCACACACACACACACACAUACACACACACGCACACACACCUGUUGUUGUUGCUGAGGAUUCCCCAUGGACGCAGUCAUGGGCAUCUGCGUCACCGUUGCUUGAGGGAACCUGUGCAGCUGUUAUCUGCUGGUUGGCCUCGGUGAAUGUUACAGUAGAAGUUGAUCUGCCGGUCCAGAGAAGAGGGGGGAGAUGUCUACCUACUACCCGCGCACCAAGGACCUGACUCGCACCAGGAAGUCAGUGACAGAGUCACCGCCGGCCUCUCCCUCCGCUACAGACAAAAACUACAGACAUGAGAGAUUGUCAAGAUAUGACUCCAGUGGGGAGAGCGCGACAGACAAACCACUGGGCCGCACCAGCUCGUACACUCGGAGGGAGACGAGGCUCGCUGCUCUGGGCAGACAGGAGCAAGACGCCACUCCCAAAGACUAUAAGAAGAUGUAUGCAGAAGCUUUGCAUGAGAACGAGAAGCUCAAGUCCAGGUUGCAUGACAGCAAACAUGAACUGGUCAAGAUCCGCUCCCAGCUGGAGAAAGUAACUCAGAGGCACGAGAGAAUAUCAGAAAGAUCUACAGCACUUGACUCUGAGAAAAGGGAAAAACAAGCUCUUGAGAAAAGAGUGUCAAACAUGGAGGAUGAUUUGAAGCAGGACGCCCCGCUGCGGUUCCGCUGCGGGUACCAGCCCUGAGAGCAGGUUGUCUCAGGGAAAAGGGGGGAUGGUCUUAACAGAGCUCAAGUCAGACAACCAGAGGCUCAAGGAUGAGAACGGGGCUCUCAUUCGAGUCAUCAGCAAACUGUCCAAAUGAAAAGAUGUCUGAAGCUCCUGUUCUGUGUCCGUGGACGCUCCGACCCUGACGAUCGGGUUUCAAUCUCCCACGGUGUCCCGAGUCGUGACUUCUCCCUGAGUGACGAACGAUGGCUGCUUUGACGAUAAUAAAUUCCUUUUGGGACUUGGGAAGCUCCCAGGAGAGAGCGUUAAAGAGUUUUUCAGUCUGAUGAUGAUGAUGAUGAUGAUGAUGGAGGUACAACAGUUGUUACUGCGUGAUUAGUUGUGUUCACAUUAACCAAAUAGAGACCAGUUUGUACUGUUUGAAUAGUUUGUCAAGGCAGGGUUUGCAUGAAGGUACCGUUUCUAAUUUUAUAACCACACUUCACGUCGAGACGUCACGUUUGCUGGGACAUCGUCCGCUGCAAAAAAACAACAUUUCAAUGUUGUCCUAAUUGUGAAAGAAGAGAGCCACUUUGGCACGGAGAUAUGAUCGUUGUAAUUUAAAUCAGAAUAUAUGAGCACAAAUGUAAUAUGAGGCCCAAUCAAACCGGUGCUGCAGUGCCAGAAGCAAAAAUAAUAUGGAUCCACCAAGGCAUCUGAGGAGCAACAGAAUUGCUGUAACAUCUUCUCAUGGAUAUUUGGCAAAAAUAGUUUGUAUAACAUUUUUUAAUCUAAAAUGUGUUAUGAAGUAAAUCAUUUUUAAAAGAUCUUAGGGCUUAAUAAGAUACAUAUUUUUGGUAUGUUUUUGCCUUGAUUGACCAUUUUCUCAGGUCUUUGUCACUCAGCUGCACCUGCUCACCUCACAACGCUUCUUAAUUAGAAUUUCAGAAAUCCAAUUUCUAUAAACUGUUGACACAAAACUUCCCUCUAGCAAAAUUAUUCUAAUUGGUUUGAUGUGUUCUUCAUGACAUUUCCAUUUUUUUUUUUUUUUUUAGGAUAAUAACUGUAACCGACCAUAUGUUGUGUCUUUCUUUACUGGUUUUAGUUUCCAUUAUAAUGUUUAUUAUUUCCUUGUGUGAUUUUCAGUAGCAGAGGAUUUUGCAGCUCAGUGUCUGUAACAGAAAGUGUCAUUUCUUCUGUAAUAGAGAUAUAUUUAUUUAUUUAUGCAUUUCUUCGUUCUAAUCUUUAUACUUUGUUUACUACAUUUUCAAUGGAAUACAGCAAUUUGUUUCGGGGUCAUCUUCUUGGCCAUCUUUCUAUUUGGUGAUGAAAAAAACACAAAUGCCAAAAUCUUCCACUGGUAGAGAACUCCGCUGACAUUUUAGCCCCCACAAUAUUGUGUGAUUUAAUAAUGAAUAAAUAUCAAGCACAAUCCCAAGGAUCUGAGGUAUAAACUGUUGCCAGCACGUUUCAUUAUUUGUGGUGUAGAUUACAUAGAUUUUAAAGUUAACAGUUAUGUGUUUUGAUAUUGUCACGAUAGAUUAAGUUAAAUCAAAUUAAUUAUUGCCCAAAUGUAGUUGCAGAGACGAUGCAGUUUAUUACUGUCGGUAUACCUGGCUACAUCUAAUGCAAUUCAAUACUACAGCCCUGCAAUAAAUCCAAUUUUUUUAGGUUUUGGUCAUUGAGGCCAUAAUUACUGCUGCUACUGCAUUGUGUUGCAUGAUAGUAAAAUUGCCACCAAAUGUUUUGAAAAAUGUGAAACGUUAGUACGACUAAAAACCAUGAACGAGGCCGCUGCCUUAAGAGUGCUUCUUCAUGGAGCUCACCGUCACUUUAUUCUAAAAAGGUCACCUGGUUGAAAAACGGUGUGUUAUAGAUCAUAUUUAACGUGUAAGACUGCCAGACUCGGCUUGUUAUUAUGUUCCUUUUAGCUGUAGUGUUGCUGCCGGGGGGACGAACGACGUCGGCAUCUGUCUUCUCUUCGAGUUAUGGACGAGUUGACCGGAGUCCCCAGGGUUUCAUGUAUCCCUUGAGCAAUGCGGAGGGCGUUGGGAGUCCAACCAAUGCGGCCACAAGCUGCGACGGCAAAGUUAUCUUUCAUCACAUCCAGUCAUUUACUCCCAAUGUACUUCCACACAUGCCGCAGACGUAUUAAAAGUAUGCCGCAUCUCGUAUUGAAAAUGUCUGUAAUGUUUUGAUGACGGCUUAAUACGCGCACACACCGGUUUACUCACUUUGCUUAAUAAACUGUAAAGGAGCGGA